AGUUGACAUUCCCCGUCCGCUUUUCUCCCAGAGGAAUAUUUCAUAGCACGGGAGAUUCGAUGGAGUUCUCCAGUCUUUAUUUAAGCAAGUCUCGGAUUUUCUCCCAAUAUUGCUUUGGAGAUAUAAAUUUAAAACAAAGGAGUAUGGAUAUGUAAAAUAAUAAUCUUGAUUGGGGUUAAUUUGAUGAGAAACGUUGGCGUUCAUAUUGAGAACUGCAGACGUGACAAAUCUGAGCUCAGUUUAGGACAUUGUUGAGAUCUCUUCUGAAACUGUAACGGAGACAUUUCUGAGAUUUCUGGCUCUUUUCUCCAGAGAAAUAUCCGAGAUCUAGGUGAAUUGAGUGUCUUGCUGUCCUUCAAAUCUCAAUGCCGUCGGGAAGAGAUAUAUUUCCUUCACUUUCUUUGCAAGGCAUUCUCAGAAGGAUGGCAGAUUUUUGAACAUUGGAAAUGAAACGAAACUUAUUUAAAAGCAUUAUAUAUCGGAGUGCGGUGUCAUUUUUUGCUCUCCGUCAAAAAGCUUCCGUCUAACUCAAAUCGGCCAAGGUUAGACUCUAUCGAAUAACUUUUAAGUAUCUGCAGGAAGGUCCUAUGGCACAGUAAAGCCUAAUUUAGUUUGCGUGUGGGUGUGUGGAAAUGCGCCCAGUUUUAAUUGAUCUGAUAUUCAGACUCUUAUCGAUGAACAAGAAUCCAUCCUCUCGCUUUAAUUUCCCUUUUCUCUCUGCGUACUUCCUUCUCUCUUCAUUCCUGCGUGCCCUCCCACAAACUCGGCAAGCAUUUCCUGUUCUGUUGCACAUUAACGCACGGGCUCGUAAACAACAAAGGAUAUCAGCCAGAAACCGAACGCUGACACGGCAACAGCUUCACCUCUUGCAAACGAGCCACACGUUUAGCAUCGACCGUCCCACUGACACGAGGUCAGUUUACAGCACGCAGAGACUCAAAAGAGGUUCAGAAGGUCCGAGUUGUCCAUGCAAAGGUAGCGCAAUGUGGACAGAGUUUACUGUCAAGGUAAAUAUGGAGUUUGUCCGUUUGUAAGACCUUGUUUGCGAACAUAAAGAGUAAAGAGACCGGGUGGAGAUAAGAGGGUUAAGAGAGGGCAGAACACUUCAUUCCAAUGCAACCCAUACGUCAGAAAAUGCUGGUAGCAGACACGAAAAUGAUUAGUGGGCUGAGAUUUUUUCAAAGAAUACGGAGACACGGUGAACUUAUUUUGACACCUAAGAAGUGCUAACCACCCCAGAGAACAUUUGCAUGACGGUGGUCAUGUAUUACUCGUGUUUUGUUCUGCAAUUGUACAAAUCUAGUUUACGCGAACACACACGUAUAACAGAUCUAUAUCUGACCUCGACACAGGUGCUUUAUAAAAAUAGCUGCUGAACCUGAAUAACAUGGAAAUGACAAGAAGUCAAGCACUUCCUUUUUUGGGGUUAAAUCCAUGAACGGGCAACCAAAUCUUUGUAAUGUUCAAACAAAGGCAGUCAAGCGCAUGCAGACGCAGAUCUUUUUAUUUACCGGACGGCAGCCUAUCUAGGAGAUAGGGACCGAUCAAUAGUCUAGUUUUUGUGAAUGAGUUUUAGAACGGAUAGCUGCUGUAAAACUGACAGGAUUCCGCAAUCUCAUAAAACGCAGGACGUCCACAAAGAUAAGCCACGACCAAAACCGUACAUUUGUGAUCUGUGUACUUUUGACAACGAAAUUCGAGCGAUGUUAGAUUUUCCCGGACGUACUCCCCGCAAAAUCCUUCAGUUUUUUUUCUUAAAAAUAAAGGUGCUUAAAAGGUUUUUCACAGCGAUGCCAUAGAAGAACCAUUUUUGGUUCCACAAAGAACCGUUCAGUCAAAGGUUCAUUCAAGAACCAUCUCUCGCUUACCUUUUAAUAAUCUGAAGAACCCUUUUCCGCCCCGAAGAACCAUUUGUGAAACGAAAAGGCUCUUCGAAUGUUAAAGGUUCUUUAUGAAACCAUUUAGACAAAAAAGGUUCUUCUAAGAGCGCAAACCGGGUCGGACGCUGUUGGGAUGAAAUUAAAUCACAGUAUUGUCUGAGGCUGACGGCAGUCGAUACGUAAGUGCAUCCAUUAAAGGUAAGAUAAAGAUUUUGAAGUCGAAUAGGAGUCGUUUCCGUUAUGCACGGGGUCUGGGAUUGUUUCCAACAGGAAGGUGCUUUGGUUCAACGUUAAAAGCCUUGCAGUAUAGGAAGACCAAGGUUCCGCAUGCCCUCGAGUCAAGCGUUUAACCUCAGCGUGCUCUUAUGACCUCUUUAUUUUUCAUCGCUUUGAUUGUUUAUUAUACGAAGAUAUACGUUUAUUACGCACUUAAAAUGAAGUGCACGGCAGCAAAUCAAGGCUCCGAAACGCAUUCUUUUGCUGACGUAAUAGGAAAAAUUUAGCCCAAACCAAAUAUUCGUGCCUUUCAGAACCUGUAUACGUAUGACUUUCGUCUGUAGAACACAAAAGAAGAUAUUUUGAGAAAUGUCUGUGGUUUUGUGUCGGCCAAUGUUGUUUGGUUACCAACGUUCUUCAAAGCGUCAUCUUUUGCGUUCUGCAGAACAAAAGAAAGUCACACAGGUUUGCAAUAACACGAGGAUGUGUACAUUUUUAGUUUGGGGUGAACUAUCCCUUUAAGACACGCAACUUAUUUCUUUUCAUUUGGAGUGGAUGUCCGGUGUACAAAACAGAUUUAAGUUGUAAAAAAUAGGACCUUGGAAUGGAUGUCUGAUGGCUAUUGAAUAGACGUGACCUGUUUGAAAUUCAAGGCUGUCGAAUGUGUGCGUGUUAUAUCACGCUCCUCGGAUUUAACUAGCAUUACAUCAUACUUCGGUGGCUGUAAGUCAGUCAAACAGGGCGGGCUGGCGUUAACUGCGGUCUUCCUGCUGUCUGAGCCUGAGCGAUGGACGGAGGGAAAGAACAGUAGAUGGAGAAAGAUGCUGGCUGACUCACUGGCGCAGAGAGAUCUGACAGGGAACAUGUUUUAUUGGUCAAUAGGAACUCCCUGAUUGCGGUCUCGCUUAUUUUGGGAAAGUCUUAGUCAGAGACACACGGACUCGCACUUUCACCACACUUUAGGCCAUCAAACCCGACAGUUCCGAAUGUCAUCGAGAGGUUGAUGGGAGUGUUGAAAUUGAAAGGCAAAAGGUGCGUACGAGAAACGAUUUAACACGCCAAAGUCCAUCAGGAGAGUUGCAAACAAAAUAACACAAGGUCAACAUGUUGUCGCGUGUCAAAGCGAAGCAUUUUCCUUUCUGUGACGAGAUGAAAUGAAAAUAUGAUAAAAAAAGGGAAAUGUCAAACCGAAGCAUUAAAAAUAAUCUACAAAGAUCCAAUUGUGAUUUGUUUUAACAUGUAAUGGAUUUUUUAUUUUCCUUCACGUGUUUGCUUGGGACAUUAACAGCAAGAUACAGAUGGGCCAGACGUGCGGUGUCAAAGCGGAUGUGCAAAGAAGGAUGUGCUUCAAACGCCCUGCAGAUAUUUUUCAGGAAGUUCUGUGACGAUACACACAGCCACCGGGAAGCCGGACAUACAGCAGGUUGUGUUUCUAUUGAUUCCUCUUCAGCCGAGAGCUGCAUCGAGCCGUUUUACCAGCACGGACUGCGUUUCACCAAAACGCUGGACUCGAAGAACCUGAAGAUCUUGAAGGUGUGUGCCAAUGGCCAGGCAGCCAAGUUCGCUGUGGGGGCUCAGCACAGAUUCAAGGGCUCUCCUCUGGAGAUCACUCUGGCCUUUGAGCUAUCACGUGGUCAACAUGUGAUCGUGGAAAUCGACUACGAGACGUCUCCCAGUGCCACAGCUCUGCAGUGGCUGACUCCCGCGCAGACUGCUGGGAAAGCCCAUCCCUAUCUGUUCAGCCAGUGCCAGGCCACCCAUUGCAGGACUAUGGUGCCUUGCCAAGACACUCCUUCUAUCAAGCACACUUACUACGCUCAGGUGUCUGUUCCCAAAGAGCUGGUGGCACUGAUGAGCGCAGUGCGUGAUGGUCAGGAGGCGGAUCCCGACGACAACACCCGAAUCGUUUAUCGCUUCAGACAGCCCGUUCCCAUGCCUUCCUACCUCAUCGCCAUCGUAGUUGGCGCUUUGGAAAGCAGGGAGAUCGGGCCGAGGACCAGAGUUUGGUCUGAGAAGGAGUUUGUGGAUCGGGCAGCGUUCGAGUUCUCAGAGACCGAGACCAUGCUGAAGACGGCGGAGAACCUCGCAGGGCCGUACGUGUGGGGUCAAUACGACAUCCUGGUUCUGCCCCCUUCUUUUCCUUACGGGGGCAUGGAGAACCCCUGCCUCACAUUCGUCACACCCACCGUACUGGCUGGAGAUCGGUCUCUCGCAGGCGUCAUCGCUCACGAGAUAUCCCACAGCUGGACGGGCAACCUGGUAACCAACAAGACCUGGGAGCAUUUCUGGUUGAACGAGGGUCACACAGUGUAUCUAGAGAGAAUGAUUGCCAGGUGUAUGGAAAGUGAACAGCUCAGGCAGUUUAAAGGCAUCGGAGGAUGGAAAGAACUGCAGGAGUCUGUGAACCAAUUUGGAGCAAACAGUGGCCUUACAAACCUGGUGCCAAAUCUGGAUGAAGUGGACACGGACGAAGCCUUCUCUUCUGUGCCCUACGAGAAAGGGUUUGCUUUGCUUUAUCAUCUGGAGGAAUUAAUGGGAGGCCCUGAGGUCUUCAUGGGCUUCGUGAAAUCCUACAUUCAGCUAUUCGCUUACGGCAGCGUAACCACAGAGGAAUGGAAGAACUAUCUGUUCGCUUAUUUUAAAGACAAGGUGGACAUCUUGAAUAAAGUGGACUGGAACGGAUGGAUGCACACUCCAGGAAUGCCUCCCGUCAAACCACAGUAUGACACCACUAUGGCUGACGCCUGCAGUACUCUGUGUCAGAGAUGGGUGAAGGCAAAAGAAGGAGAUCUUGCCAGUUUCACUGAAGCAGAUAUGAAGAAACUGAACUCUCAUCAGCUCAUCGAGUUCGUGGCUUUACUUCUGCAAGAGGAGCCUCUGCCUCUGGCCCACGUGAAGAGGAUGCAAGAGGUUUACCGGCUCAAUGAUGUUAAAAACGCAGAGGUCCGCUUCAGGUGGUUGCGCGUGUGUGUCAGGGCACGAUGGGAGGAAGCGGUUACUCUUGCGCUGAAGAUGGCCACUGAUCAGGGCAGGAUGAAAUUCACUCGCCCGCUCUUUAAGGAAGUAUACAAUUUCCCCAAGUACAGCGAGGAGGCGGUGAAAGCUUUUAAGGAGCACCGUGGAGCGCUGCACCCCGUCACUGCAAUGCUGGUGGCCAAGGAUCUGAAAAUCGAUGGAAAUUAGGUCCCCGUCUCUGAUCUACUCACAAGCGGCCUAUUGGCAGUAUUCUGCGCUCAGAAUCAUCUUGGAUAUCUGCGUAUCAAAUCUUCUGCAAAGAAAGAUUGAGGUUUCCUCUUGCGUGGUUAAAGCGCUCAUCUUUAUUUUUUAUUUUACAUCUUGAUGGAUGUUUGUCUCAGGGCUAAUAAAGCAAGCAAGCACUCUU